AAGCGGAAGUGGCGGCGGCGCCGGCCUGGCCUGGCUGAAGGGAGGCGGCGGGUGGGCGCGAUGGCGGAGGCCGGGCCGCAGGCGCCGCCGCCCCCGGGCACCCCAAGCCGGCACGAGAAGAGCUUGGGACUUCUCACCACCAAGUUCGUGUCCCUUCUUCAGGAGGCCAAGGACGGUGUGCUUGACCUCAAGCUGGCAGCUGACACCCUUGCUGUGCGCCAGAAGCGACGGAUUUACGACAUUACCAACGUGCUGGAAGGUAUCGGGCUGAUCGAGAAAAAAUCCAAGAAUAGCAUCCAGUGGAAGGGCGUCGGGCCUGGCUGCAAUACCCGGGAGAUUGCAGACAAGCUGAUUGAGCUCAAGGCUGAGAUCGAGGAGCUGCAGCAGCGGGAGCAAGAACUGGACAAGCACAAGGUGUGGGUGCAGCAGAGCAUCCGGAACGUCACAGAGGAUGUGCAGAACAGCUGCUUGGCCUACGUGACUCAUGAGGACAUCUGCAGAUGCUUUGCUGGAGAUACCCUGCUUGCCAUCCGGGCUCCAUCGGGUACCAGCCUUGAAGUGCCCAUCCCAGAGGGCCUCAAUGGGCAAAAGAAGUACCAGAUUCAUCUGAAGAGUGUGAGUGGCCCUAUUGAGGUGCUGCUGGUGAACAAGGAGGCAUGGAGCUCACCACCUGUGGCAGUGCCUGUGCCGCCACCUGAAGAUCUGCUCCAGAGCCCACCUGCUGUCCCUACCCCUCCACCUCUGCCCAAGCCUACCCUGGCCCAGCCCCAGGAGACCUCACGCCCAAGCAGUCCCCAGGUGACCACCCCCACCCCUGUCCCUGGCAUCAUUGAAGCCCAGGGGGUGCCCGGUCCAGCAACUGAAAUCACAGUGAGUGGUGGCCCUGGAACGGACAGCAAGGACAGUGGUGAGCUUAGCUCCCUCCCACUGGGCCUGGCAGCACUGGACACCCGGCCGCUACAGUCCUCUGCCCUACUGGACAGUAGCAGCAGCAGCAGCAGCAGCAAUAGCAGUUCAUCUGGACCCAACCCUUCUACCUCUUUUGAGCCCAUCAAGACAGACCCCACAGGAGUUCUGGAACUCCCUAAAGAGCUGUCAGAAAUCUUUGAUCCCACAAGAGAAUGCAUGAGUUCAGAGUUGCUGGAGGAGCUGAUGUCCUCAGAAGUGUUUGCCCCCCUCCUCCGCCUUUCUCCACCCCCUGGAGACCACGAUUACAUCUACAACCUGGACGAGAGUGAAGGUGUCUGUGACCUCUUCGAUGUGCCUGUACUCAACCUCUGACAGGGACACGCCCCAUGUGGCUGGGACACAGACUGUGUGACCUGGGGGCUGCCUGAAGACAUCCUACAUUCUACCCCUACACAGCUUGAGAGCCACAGACUCCUGGCUUCCCCAGCCUUCCCUUACUGCAAUUCUAACACAACUCCCACUCCUGCACGAGCACCUGUACGGUGCUAGGAAAGUAGGGGAAAGGGGCUCAGCCCCCUUCACCAUGGAGCCAGUGUUUGCAUCUACUUUUCUGGGGCUUUCCCCCACUUCAUGCCCUCUCAGAGCCCAGGCUCAGCUACCACUCAGUGGCACAGAACCGAAGACCUGUCAUCACCCCUAUAGGGCAGCUUGUCCAGCCCCACUACCCUAUUCCAACCAAGGCUUCCCACUCAAAGGAGGGGAGCCUGGGGUGGAGCCUGAUGCUUAUGAGCACCACCCCAGCCUCCUUCACUUUUCCCCACCCCCUGAACCUGCAGCUCCCCUUGGACCUCUGUGUGUAUCCACCAUCUGCCUGGCCCUUAGCCCUGAGAACCUAUAGGGAGGGUUGGAGUGGGGGGGAGUCCUAACAGGAAAAAACAGGUGUUUAGCUAGAAAUCUGGGCAGGUGAGCCCCUGAGGAUUGUUCAGUCUCCUGCCCUGUAGGUCUACCCGCCCCCACCACCUUUGUUUAUUCAUUUAUCUUCAUUUAGAGCCAUUUCCAGAGAUUUAGAAAGAUUUGCAGUAACGAAUGGAUUCCUAUAUAAAGAUUAUUUUUAUACUUUUUGCAGCAAAAGGAAAUUGUAAUAUUUGUACAGUGUGAGAGUGAAUAAAGACCAUGCCUAAGGCUA